UGCACCCAGUCCUUUAUACUAACGACCACUGUCAGCUCGAGGACUGGGAGGCCGUAAACACUAACGGAAUUCUCUUCAACGAGACGUUUGGUAAGGAGAUAAUAGAAGGACAUUUACCUAAUAAGAUCAUGGAUUCGGAAAGGGAGAAAUUCCGCACUUAUGUCGAGAAGUCGGGUGUGAUGUCUGCAUUAACUAACGCUCUGGUACACCUGUACGAAGAACCAGAGAAGCCCAAUGAUGCCUUAACUUACCUCAAGCUAACUCUAGGGACCAUGAACCAUGAGGAGAAACAUGUGCAGAUGCUUGAAGAAAAAAUUAAGGAGCAGAAGGCCACAAUUGAUAAUCUCAAUGCAGAAAAUGCUUUCCUCAAGGAGCGUCUAGCCCAGGCUGAAGCUGCUGCUGCUUUUAAGGCGACCACAGGCCAGGCUGAGACUAAAGAUAAUGUAACUAAACACCCGCCAGAGGACGUUUAGCGAGGAAAUGUGGGUGAAUGUUAGCACUGGUGUGAGGGGGUUUGAGUUGUACUGCAUAAGGAAACUAUUAUUUGGUUAACAGAAUAUAAAUUUCUUUUGUUUAAAUAUU